GCUAAAACACAACCACACACAUAACAUAAGCACGGUAGCAGUAAGUUUCCCCAAAUCAUCUUCAUUGAAUUCAACCGCUUUUACUUAAACCAUCUUCGAAAAUGAUACUAAGCCCUCACGAAUGGAUUUUCCUGACAAAAACGCGUUUGCAAAACUCAAAUUCAAUUAACAACAGAAUCGAUUAUUAUGAUAAUUUUGAAAACAACAGAAGAAGAAGAAGCAAAGUAACAACAGUAGUGUGUGGUCUUCGUUCAUACAAAAAUAAGAAGCCACCAACACAAAUGGUAAUUUCGAAAGAAAGUGUUCAAGUAAUUCAAGCUCUCAAACUUGCAAAAAAUUCUGAUGAAAAACUCAAUCAAGUUCUCAAGUUAAGACUUCUUAGAUUAUUGAAAGCUGAUGUGUUAGAUGUUUUAGCUGAAUUGCAGAGACAAAAUCAACUCCAUUUAUCUCUCAAGGUUUUGGAGUUUAUUAUUAAUGAUGAGGAAGCGGGGUAUGAUGAAUUGCUGCUACCAUUGUAUUCUGACACGAUACUGUUACUGGGAAAGAACAAGAUGAUUGAGAUGGCGGAAGAGAUGUUCAAUCGAGUGGUGGAAAAGGGGUUGAAACCGGAUACGAGGUUGUUUAAUGAGAUGAUUGGGGCUUAUUUGCAAGUUGAUAAUACAGAGAAGGCGAUGAAUCUUUAUAGAUCCAUGAAGGAUUCAGGGUGUUUGCCGGAUGAAUUGACGUUUACGAUAUUGAUUAAGAAUCUACUGAAGAAUGGAGAACAUGAACUGGUUGAGACUUUGAAAAAAGAGAGUUUUGACUAUGUCAAUGAACAUGAUAAUUUUGUUCAGAGAGUCCAGCAGAAACAUGCAAAAAAGAAACAUAUCAAACUGGUUAUGUAAUUCCUGCAGUGGAUGAAGUUCUACUGUACUGGUUUUAUUGUAGAGAUGCUACUUUCAGUGAUUAAUUUUCAUCAUUUUGGCUGGAGGAGGUUCACUGGACCAUUCCAUACAUUUGAGCUUCAACCCAACAUUAUUUGUGUGCUUGGUGGUGGCAACUGCCAAAUUGGUUGUAGUUAUGUCAUGUUUGAAUAUGAUAGGCACCAAUUGUUUAAGGUUUUGGCAUGGUUCGUAGGUAGCCAAGGGACUGAGAUUGUUUGCACUUUGCAGUACUGCUUUCAUGCAGUAGAUAAUCUCAGCCUUAGAAAUGUAAUAAAACGGCUCUGAUUAACAUGAUUUUAUUUAACUACUUUUUCACAGUUUUAAUCUCAA